AUGGUGCUGCGCCACGAGUACUUUUGGUCCAUCGACCCGAAUAUGCAUUGCAAAUAUGUCUGGGUCUGGAAAUCUCGAACUUGUAAUGCAGCUCUCACAUUCCUGUAAAAUUUGUAUUGCAUGACCACCAAAGUACGCAGCCGCUUUUGUCUAUACGAAAACGCAGUUUCUCAUGCGGGCUGUGCAUCAGAAAGCGUUCUGGAAAGUUGUCAUGCUUGGCUGCAUUCGGAAUUGCUUCCAUCAUUCGCACUUUAGCAUCACAAGUUUUCAGACCCAGACAUUUUUGCAGUUGAUACCGAAGAAGUGCUUCCUCGAGCUCGUGGACUACAGCAAGGAGGCGGACGGAACCGCUAUCAAAAAGAAAAAUCCCUCCUCCCCAUGUCAAAAAGGAAAUCUGUGAUGCAGAUUUGUGGUCACAGAUCAGCUUUGUCAUGCUAGAAGGGAAAAGAUAAAGAUGCGGACUGUGGUGCUGGGUGGCGUGGGAAAGCCUUGCAUCUUCAGCAUGACAGGAGACAGCUGGAAGUGGGAAACAGCAUGACAAAUUGCCCGCAGGCGAGGCCACAGCUGCGGCCCUUGGCCUGCUAGCAAUACAAGUCGAUCUGUGUACCCAAAUACAGCGUCACAAGUUUCCUGUCCGAUAUGGGGAGGGGGGAUUUUUCCUUGCAAUAACCGCGGGUCCGGACGCCACGGACGGGAGCAUGUAUGUGAUCACGGAGAUCGCCGACUACAGUUUGAAGGACUACCUAACCGAGCGGUUGAACGAAAAGAAGCCCAUGUCGGCGAAAGCGGUGCAGCUACUCUGUAAGUCCUUCUUGAUCGCAAUGGGGAUGCUGCACGCGAAGGGUUUGGCGCACUUGGAUAUGAAGCCGGAGAACAUCAUGCGCGCGGGGGACACGUGGAAAAUCAUUGACGUGGACGGGUGUACGCCGUUGAAUAAGAAGGUGUCCAUCAACGAUUCCACAAUUUCGUUUUCGCCCUGUUACUGCGCCCCAGAGUGGGCCAACUUUUUGAUCGAGGAGGGGGAGUACUGCCGGAUCGGGCACCAGCUGGACGUGUGGAGUGUGGGCGUGAGUCUGUGUGAAUUGGUCACGUUGGAUGCGGUGCUGAAGCCGAAGUAUCGGGUUUUUGUGCGUAGAAGUUCAGUUUAUCGCCAUUAAUAAACUUUGCGCGAAUUAUCUGGACAGCCGUCAGUACAAAUUAGUUUCGUGCGUCUUCGAAAAUUAAUCAUAGGAAAUGCACAAAAUAAAUCUUCGGAUUUUAUCUCCGCCAAAAUCAAUAAUCCACUUCAGGUACAUGCAGAUUUUCAAGAACGCGGGUUCCCACCGCAAGGCGGGUUUCAUGUUUCUCCAGUGGCUUGCUGAUCCCUCGAAAGCGCUUUCCAUGAGUAAGAAGGUGGCGGAGCACAGUUCCCAGUUCACGGAUUUGGUCCUGUCCCGAAUGCUGACGAAGAAGCCUUCCGAACGGUGGUCGCUCGCGCAGUGUUUAAGGCACGACUACAUGCGGAGUGUGGAGGUUCCGGGUUUGCACAUCGACAUCCAGGACGAACACAAGGAGGAAAAGGUCCACGACCCGGAGCAUCUCGGCGGCCGACUCUCUUUGGAUUUGAAGGAGAAACGGUUGCUCAGAGCCCAGGAAUCGACCAAGGACAAACCUCCUUUGAUGAAAUCUAUUCUCCACAAGCUCCACCACGACGGGGACCCGGGAAAAACGACGGACUGGCAGAAACGGGACGUGUGGCUCUCCGCGGAGGGGUGUUUGUGCUACUUCUUAUUACAAUGAAAAAUGCCCCCACCCCCGAACUUGGGAGAAUUUGUGUUGCAAACCUUUCCAAAUGAAACACUCGCCCUAUUGCAUCUAUCAGCAUCACAGAUUUCCGAUCGUGAAUAGCAAAAAUUUGUAUUGCAAAAGAUCCCAGCAAGAGCGGCGCUUGUCAUGCAACCGAUGCGACACACGCCUACGCCUAGACUCUGCAUCGGAAAGAUUCAUACUCCUUUCAUGCAUGACAAAAAGUUUUCAUUUGGAAACUUCGCAUCGCAAAUCUUUGCAACUUUGGGGGUGGGGGCAUUUUUCAUUGCGAUACUUCUCCCCGAAGACCUUGAAGAAAUUAGUUUUGAUUACGCACGAACAGCUGGCCGCGUCGAGAAUGUCGGAGGUGGAGGUGGC